UAGAAUAUGCACUUAAAUAAAUAAAUUAACAAUGUCAUAUAGUAUAGUAAUUUUUAUUUAUUUGCGUCUCUGUCCUGUUGCUUCUUCCCUCCUCACUUUCUCUUUAGCUGCCAUUCCCCCAUUCAUACACCUCUCUCUCUUUUUUUCCCAAUUCAGGUGAAGUCAGUGGAGUGAGAAAUGGCUUCAAGCGCAAGUGAGGAGGCAGGAAAUGGGCAGCAGGGGUGCCAAUCUAGUGAAGCAUUGGCGGAAUGGAGGUACUGUGAGCAGGUGGAAAAUGGAACUCCAUCAACAUCACCUCCAUAUUGGGACAGUGGUGAUGACGAUGAUGGUGUGCCUAAACCGUCUGAGCUAUAUGGAAAAUAUACCUGGAAGAUUGAUAAGUUUUCACAAAUUAACAAGAGAGAACUUCGAAGUAAUGCUUUUGAGAUUGGCGGCUACAAAUGGUACAUUUUGAUUUAUCCUCAGGGAUGUGAUGUCUGCAAUCAUCUCUCUUUGUUUCUUUGUGUGGCUAAUCAUGACAAGCUUCUUCCAGGCUGGAGUUAUUUUGCUCAAUUUACUAUAGCUGUGGUUAACAAAGAUCCAAAGAAGUCCAAGUAUUCAGAUACAUUGCAUCGCUUCUGGAAGAAAGAACAUGAUUGGGGGUGGAAAAAAUUUAUGGAGCUUUCCAAAGUUGUGGAUGGAUAUAUUGAUGCUGAUACCCUCAUAAUCAAAGCUCAAAUUCAGGUUAUCAGGGAGAGAGUAGAGCGUCCCUUCCAUUGCCUUGAUUGUCAAUAUCGGAGAGAGCUGGUUAGGGUGUAUUUAAUGAACGUUGAGCAAAUUUGCCGCCGUUUUGUGGAAGAGCGCCGAGCAAAGCUUGGAAAAUUAUUAGGGGAUAAAGCUAGGUGGUCGAGUUUCAGUGUUUUUUGGCUAGGAAUAGACCAAAAUUCUAGACGCCACAUGUCCAGGGAGAAAUCAGAUCGGAUUUUGAAAAUGGUGGUCAAGAACUUCUUCAUAGAAAAAGAGGUUACAUCUACUCUUGUGAUGGACUCGUUGUACACUGGGCUUAAAGCUCUGGUAGGCCAGACUAAGGGACAGACAGGUAAAGGGAAAUAUUUAGAUGCAGAGGAACAAACGGUUCCUAUUGUUUCCAUGGAGAAAGACAUGUUUGUCUUGGUGGAUGAUGUCUUGCUUUUGCUUGAGAGGGCUGUUUUGGAGCCAUUGCCUCCAAAGGAUGAGAAAGGUCCUCAGAACCGUACAAAGGAUGGCACUUCUGGAGAGGACACAAACAGAGAUUCCAUUCAGCGUGAUGAGAGGCACUUAACUGAACUAGGUCGGCGAACUAUUGAAAUAUUUGUCCUCGCACAUGUUUUCAGUAAAAUAGAGGUUGCAUAUCAGGAAGCUGUUGCAUUAAAGAGGCAAGAGGAACUCAUCCGUGAAGAGGAGGCUGCUUGGUUGUCUGAAACUGAGCAGAAAGCUAAACGAGCAUCUGAGAAGGAAAAGAAGUCAAAGAAAAAGCAGUCUAAACAGAAACGGAAUAUCCAGAAAGCAAAGGAUAAGGAGAGGGACGAAAAACCUGAUGUUAUGGAGCAAGAUAAAACUGAAAUAGAUGGUCCCAUUGGUGAAGGAAAUGAGUACAUGACCGAGGUGCCAGAACAAGUACUUGGAAAACCAGAUGUACUGGAAGAGAUUUCUGAUAAUUCUGAUUCUAUAGACUCUGUAAUUCAUCCUGAUUUGGAUGACAGAGAUGCCAGUCCUCUCAACUGGGAUACUGACACCUCAGAAGUGCAUUCAUCCGUGGAAGCUGGUUGCAGCGGAUUAAUUAGCCUUCCAGCUUCGCAGAAAGGGCUAGCAGGAAGGAGAAGUCCUUCCAAAAUGGAUGAUAGUUCAUCAACGUGUUCCACCGACUCAAGUGCCUCAGUAGUUUUGAAUGGAACCCACGGAGGGACUUCUUUGAGGCAGAAAAACCAGAAAUUACCUAACAGAGGGAGGAAUGAAGGAAGCAGGUCAACUUGUAACGCAGAUGAUUGGGCUAGUGAAACACUUGGUCAGACAUUGGAUGUUGUUUCAUAUGAAGGAAAGCUAAGUGAUACAUCUGUAUGCUGUGGGGUAACAGGAUCUGAGUGUCAGGCUACUGCACUUUCUUCAUGCCAGCAGCAAGCAACUAACAAGAAAGUAGCAGUUUUGCAGGAGCGAAAGCUAAUUGAUGAUAGAGAGAGAUCUUCCAUGUUGAAGCCAAGUGUCAGGUCUCCUCCUAGAAGCCCUCCAAAAAGUACAUUGUCUGCUGUUCAGUCAAAGGCAAAUUUGAGAAAUUCAUUUUCAGAUAGUCCUAAGCUGACUGAUAAAUCAGCUCCGGAGAUUAUCUCAGCUGAAACUUCUGCGCCGUUGAAAGCUGAUCCUCAUAAAGCCUUAGAGCUAACAGCCUUGAAGAAGCCCUUGCCACAGCCUGCUUCAAUUACAACUGAGAAAUUCCCAUCUAAACAAGUUACUACUUCUGCGACAGCUGAAAGGCCCAUCUCUAGACAAGUGCCUGCCCAAUCGAGGCCAUUGAGUGCUCCUUUAGUUACUGGACCUAGGCCUGCUGCCCCUGUUGUUUCCAUGGUUCAGGCAACACAAUUACUGCCUAAUUCAUUUAGUGCAGCUGGUCGAUUGGGUCCCGAUCCAUCACCAGUAACACACAGUUAUGCUCCUCAGUCCUAUAGAAACACAAUUAUGGGCGGUCCUGUUUCUGGAAGUCCGGUCGGUUUUACUCAGCCUCAUUCUCCAAGUUCAGCCGUUGACUCACCAAAUUCAUACUCUCAAGCACCUUCACCGACUUCUGGCCUAAUGUUGCCGCCACAAAUAGAACAUAUUUCUGCUGGACCUAGCUUUUCUUGCGGAAUGGUGAAUCAGGAUGCCUCGUGGAAUGGACAGAAAUGGGAGUGUUCUGCAAGUUAUAGUAGGUCAGUAUCAGAACAUCCUUUUAUGUUAAACAACAUCCAGGAAUUUGAUAUGUUAAAGAUUGUAAACAGCAGGGCCCAUGAUCAACUUUCGCCUGAUCUUCCAGCCAGCACUUCUGGCUGUCAGUCCCAGAGUGUAUUGGCAGAUGAAUUUCCACAUCUUGAUAUAAUCAAUGACUUGCUGGACGAUGAGCCUGGAAUUGGAAGGGCUUCCAGACCAAACUCAGGCUGGCAAAGUUUUAGCAAUGGGUCACACCAUCUAAAUCGGCAGUUCAGUUAUCCGGGUGAUAUUAGCAUGGCAACUGAUCGAGGUCUCUCAACAAGUUCUUGUAGGUUUGAGCGAACAAGAAGUUAUCAUGAGGAGUUCCAGCAUAGCUAUUCUGGAGGCCUUAAUGAUAGUGUUAGGAAUAUGAUUCCGCAGCCUAAUCCACGGUUUGUAAAUGGGCAGAUUGAUCAGUUAGUUCAUGACCAGUGGCAAUUAAUGGGUUCCGAUCCAUCUUUUCUUGGAAUGACAAAUGCUCAUACUGAUACUAGUUACCUGUAUCACACCCCUGAUUAUUCAAACAUGGCGUGUGGUGUAAAUGGGUAUAGAGUAUUUAGGCCUUCAAACGGGCUCUGAAAGCGGGCUAUCUAAGGCGGAGCUUAGAUCGGAAAUAUUUGGGCUGUCCUCUGCCAUAACCUGCUUGUAGGAUUGAGCCUUUGGUCUUAGGUUUGGAGGCGACGUUGUAGCCAUUUUGUAGAGAGUAAUUCUGCCCUCAUAUUUAUUUAGCUUUGGAAAAUAUAGCUUUGCUAUAUCCCCCUCA